AUGUCUUUCUCUAAACCCUUUUCAUUUUUUACCAUGUCCUACUGUCAAGGCCUCAACCUCCUUUCUCUUUCUUUCUUUCUUUUUAGUUUACCUUUUUCUUUUUGUCUCUUUCGUUUCUUUCUCACUCUUUACCUUUUAAUUUUUACUUUUUGUCUCUCUCUUUUUUUUCUUUUCUUUCUUUCUUUCUUUCUUUCUUUUCAUCUCUCUCUUUCUUUCUGUCUCCAUCUUUACUUUUUCAUUUUUGUCCGAAAUUAUUUCUUUCUUUCUUUCUUUCUUUCUUUCUUUCUUUCUUUCUUUCUUCACUGUAGCAUGGAUCCAACAAGAAUCGACGUCGUAAAAUCAACAAACCGUAUCUAUCUAUCUAUCUAUCUAUCUAUCUAUCUAUCUAUCUAUCUAUCUAUCUAUCUCUCUGUUCAUUUUCUAUCUAUCUAUCUAUCUAUCUAUCUAUCUAUCUAUCUAUCUAUCUAUGCUUGCACACAGAAGUGCUGGUGUAAAGAAAUAUAUCUAUCUAUCUAUCUAUCUAUCUAUCUAUCUAUCUAUCUAUCUAUCUAUAUCUAUCUAUCUAUCUAUAUAUAUAUAUAUAUAUAUAUAUAUAUAUAUAUAUAUUUUUAA